GCCAGGCAUUCCACAGCCGUGAGCUGGACACAGUGCAAGAGAACAAAACUCUGCCCAAAGUCUUUUUACAAUUGGUAAGAAAACAGUCUGUUGGAAUAAGAAUCUCUUACAAAUCAGCCACGAAGGGAGCCAAAGAUGGCUGGUAUUGUGGCCUGCAUCCUCCUUUCCUUUGUCACCGUAGUUCAUUCUCAAGCUCAGACAGCAUUUGUGGAGUACAUGCAAUCAAGGAUGGGAGUUUUAGAGGAAAGAAUUGCACAAUGGCAUGAUCACAGCAAUCGCUAUAGUACAGAACUUCGGGAUUUCAAGAACCAAGUGUUGAAAAUGCUGGAAAACAUAGAAAAGGAGCGCGACUCAGUGAGGAAUGAGAUGGAGAACACAAACAUUCGAGUUGACCGGUUAGAGAGGGAGGUGGACUACCUGGAGACUCAGAAUCCAGCACCGUCAUGUGUAGACAUAGAUGAGAAACUGACAGAGCUACACACCAACAAGAAGAAGAAAAAUGAAAAAUAUGAGAAGCUGACAGGUUGCCCCACUGCUGAGAUCCCUGUGGAGCCAGAUGCGAUGCUGCGUCCUCCUAUCAUCCGGAAGUCAUACUGCACUGACACCAUUUCCCAAGUCAAUGCCAUGAAAAUACUGAAGCGCUAUGGGGGCAACGCUGGCCUUUGGACCAAGGACCCUGUUGGAAAUUCAGAAAAGGUCUAUGUCUUUGAUGGAGCUGGUAAUGAUACUGUAUUUGUGUUUUCCCGCAUGAAGGAAUUCACUCUUUCUUCUUCGACACGUAAAGCAGCUCGGAUCAAGCUGCCCUUCCCAUGGAUUGGAACUGGCCAUAUAAUUUAUGGAGGCAAUCUGUAUUACAUCCGUCAGGGUGAUGAAUUCCAGGUCAUCAAAUUCAACUUGGCGAACAAAACAGUGGUUGACAGUGCUGUUUUGCCAAUAGAAGAUCAAGUACCAGUAUAUGGUCUAUCCAAAUUCAACUACAUAGAUAUCGCAGCAGAUGAGGAAGGCCUGUGGGUCAUCUAUGCUACAAAGGAGAAUGAAAAGAACAUCUGCUUAGCCAAGCUAGAUUCAAGUAGUCUUGGCAUUGAGCAGAUGUGGGAUACCCCAUGUCCGAUAGAAAAUGCUGAAAGUGCUUUUGUGGUUUGUGGCUCCCUCUAUGUAGUGUACAACACCAAGCUCCCAAGUCGCUCUCGCAUCCAAUGUGUCUUUGAUGUCAGUGGCACUAUAUCCAGUGAAAAUGUCCCAGUCGUUUACUUUCCUAAAAGGUAUGGCUCUCAUUCCAGCAUGAAGUACAACCCCAAGGACAAGCAAAUCUAUGCUUGGGAUGAUGGCUAUCAGAUCUUAUAUAAACUGAGCAUGAAGCCUAAAGAAGAACUGUAUUAGAAAGAGCUUAAGGAUGUUCCUCUCAUGUUCAUUUCAUGUAUCCACUAUCAUUUUAAAUGAUGCUAACAUGUUUUAUAAAUUGGUGUUGGGUACUACAAACAUUGCUAUAUAUGUAGCAUUAUAAAACCUAAUUUAGGUAGUACUGCAUUCCUAUAAACAUCAAUGCUGCUGUGUAUGUGAUGUAACUAAGAUUCCCAGUUGCAGAAGCCAAUGAUUAUAGUGUUGAAAUAUAUAUAUAUAUAUAUAUAUGUAUGUAUAUAUAUAUAUAUAUAUAUAUAUAUACACAUACAUACAUAUACACUCAUAUUUAUCAAGAAAUGCUUUUUAAGAUUAAAGAACUACUAAACCUAAAUCAAUUAGCUUGUAAUAAAAUAGCUGGAAGAUACUUGAGAUCAAUCUCCAGCUACUUUCCUGUCCACUGUAGACCCCCCCAUCCCCCAGCAAUAACCCCUAUGAAGUACAUUGCAGUACAGCAUUUCUCUUUUAGCUCCCUUUCAGAGAAACUGUCUGACAGCACUACCGUGUUCCAUCAUAGGAUGGAAACUUUUACCUACAGUAUAUAUCAAUGAAUGUAAUUAGUAACGUGUUUAUAAAAGAAAACUUGUAAUUUUGGUUUGGUGGUCUUAAGUGAUUUAAGUUAACUCAGCAGGUUUUAAACAGUGCAUUUGAUUUUCACAACAUAAUGAUUUAAUUAUCACUUUAUUAAAGUAAUAAUAAAAUUAUUAUGGUCACUACACAGUAACAUACUUACUUUGCAUAGAAUUAUAGUUUUACAACAAAUCUACUGUGAAAUUAUCUACCCACUUUGGAAACACGCUAAUAAAGCAAUAUUUAAUUAUUAUAUAAUACACAAGUGAUAUUAUUAGAUGUAUAAACUUCUGUAAAUAAUAUCUGUACAGGGAUUUCUAAAGUUAGCGUUUAUCGUCAUAGUUAUGAAGUAAUUAUGAUGUAUGAGGAAUACUGUCCUCUAAUGUAAAUGAUAGAAAUUAUGCCACCUCAGACCUGUAUAAAAGUACUUAGAGGGAGAUAGUCUUGGAGAGAGAAAAAGUACCAACCAACCAUCAUUCAACUGUCAUUUUACAAGCUGUGCUAGAAAAAUGACAGAAACUUAUUGGUUGCUAUGAGCAACUUCUCCACUUUAUUUCUUUUAAACAGUUGAUAAAUCUCCCCCUCAGUAUGUAACUUUGAACUUUCAAGCAAUCACAGAUCUCCUUUGGUGAAUUCUAAUAUCCUUAUAAUUGACAGUAUGGAGAGCAUUAUAGAGUGCAUUAAUCCAUAUACCGUUAAAUUUGCAUAGAUUAUCCUAAGGACAGAGGAUUUUUUUAUGUGGUUUAGUAAAAAGGAACGAGAUAUUAUAACUUAACACUCAUUAUAGUCAUUACCAUAAGAAAUCUUUAGACAAAGCAUACUUUCCUAAUCUCCUGAAAUUUCCAGGAGACUCCUGAAUGUCAGAGUUCUCCUGAACUCCCGGGAUUGAGAUCGCCCCCUCAGAUCCUACCAACCGCUGUAGCGAAGUGGGUGGGUCUAUGAUGAUGUAUUUUGCUCCAUUGUGACUCCCUCCCUCCCCACCGACACUGUGCAAUGCUGCAAACCACGGUAUUUGGCAGUGGGCAAGGCUGUGAUCAUGUGAAGUGCAUAGACACUCCUCUACACUUGGACCAGCCCUUUGGGGCCUCUCAGAGAGGAGUCCUGAAAAGUAGUAAAUUGUCAGUAAUUUCAAAUGUGUCCAGUAGAUCUGCACAAACUCACUAAAAAGUUAGAUAAUAUCAUAAACAAAAAUAUUGAAAUGUAAUUUUAUUAAAUAUCUUUUUAGAUGAAACCCUUGAAAUGAAAGUGAUACUGCCAAUAUACAGCAAUGAGAGCCACACACCUUACGGGCUUUCCAGGGCUGCUUAGCUGGGGCAGAUAUUUUCAUUGUUUUAAACGCCUUCCACAAAGAGAACAUAAAUCUUAUAUGCAAGAAAGAGUUGUCAUGUAAUCUUCAGAUUAGCCACAGUACAUUGGGGGUCAUUCCGCGUUGUUCGCUCGUUAUUUUUUUCUCGCAACGGAGCGAUUAGUCGCUAAUGCGCAUGCGCAAUGUCCGCAGUGCGACUGCGCCAAGUAAAUUUGCUAUGCAGUUAGGUAUUUUACUCACGGCAUUACAAGGUUUUUUCUUCGUUCUGGUGAUCGUAAUGUGAUUGACAGGAAGUGGGUGUUUCUGGGCGGAAACUGGCCGUUUUAUGGGUGUGUGCGAAAAAACGCUACCGUUUCUGGGAAAAACGUGGGAGUGGCUGGAGAAACAGAGGAGUGUCUGGGCGAACGCUGGGUGUGUUUGUGACGUCAAACCAGGAACGAAACUGACUGAACUGAUCGCAGUUGCCGAGUAAGUGUGGAGCUGCUCAGAAACUGCUAAGAAGUGUCUAUUCGCAAUUUUGCUAAUCUUUCGUUCGCAAUUUUGAUAAGCUAAGAUUCACUCCCAGUAGGCGGCGGCUUAGCGUGUGCAAUGCUGCUAAAAGCAGCUUGCGAGCGAACAACUCGAAAUGAGGGCCAUUGUUUUAAAGAUCCUGUGUAACAGAAAAAAUAAGAACUACUAAUUUGUGGUCUAAGUAAUCAAGUAUAUACUGUAGGAUUGAUGAGGAAUAAUUAGAUCUGAAUGAUUACUGUGUGAUAAAUUCCUUUUUAAUGAUGUCUUAUACUAAAAUUAACAGUGCCCAGUAUUACACGAAGCAUUCUGUUUGUUGCCAGACUUCUAGUACUGAUAUCAAUAUGUAUGGUCAGUGUCAUUUCCAUCUGAUGUGUAAUUGCUACAAUUGUUUUUCAUAAAAAGUCCACUAUA